UAUGCUUAAAUUACUAAUUUGUGUUUCAUAAAUCCUUUAUUGUUUACAAAUAACAAUGGAUACCGAAGAAAACAAGGAUAAACUAAUUCGAUGCCUAAAUGAGCAAGUCAACGAAAUAAAUUUACUGCAAUCUAUGUAUCCUGAAAAAAAUGAAUUGAUUUUUUAUGAUGCAACAGUGCUUCAAGAAAUAGAAAAUUUUUUGGCAACAUCAACAGAUUUUGUACCAAGGUACAUUGACUUUAUAAUAAAUUUACAAAUUUCUAAUACUAAACUCGAAAUAUCUAUAAGUCUUCCAUCGUUUUACCCAGAUACGCAACCUAAUAUUUAUAUAAGAAGCAAUCAACUUAAUCGUCAACAAGAAAGUAGCUUAAACAUUGAGUUUAAUACAUUUAUGAUUAAUAGUUUUAGUGGGGAAGUGUGCAUUUACACAGGUAUUUUGUGGCUACUUGAAAAUAUAGAAAAAUAUUGUGAACCAGAAGCAUCAUUUCCUGUGAAUGUCAACAAAAGUAAUGAAGAACCAUUGAAGUAUACAAGAUAUUGGAUAUAUUCACAUCAUAUCUACAAUAAAGAAAAAAAAGAAAUGAUAGUCAAAACAGCAAAACAAUAUAAUUUAAAUGGAUUUUGUUGUACAGGGAAACCUGGAAUUAUAUGUAUUGAAGGCAUUGAAACAACUUGCAUUGAAUGGUGGAAAAUUAUUAAGUCUUUGCACUGGAAGAAAAUAGUAAUAAGAAAAAUUGAAGAGUUAUCAAAUUCAGACUUUAACUCAAAUGAUCAUAGGUUUAAAAAAUUUACACUUAUAGAGUUUUCUAAUCAUUCCAUGUCACAACUUUGCCAAUAUUUGGAGGAAGUUUCGCUACAAAAAACAUUAAGAGAAAUACUUGGACUUUAAAUGUCACAUGACAUAAAUUAUAUAUUUCAAGAUAAAGCAUUUAUUUUAUAUAUAUGAUACAUAAACUAACUAAAUAAAUAAGUAAUGGCACUAGUCAUAGUCAGAUUCAAAUACUGGUCUAAAUGCAACAUGCAUGCAAAGCUAAAUUUAGAUUUUUUGGAAUCUUUGCCAUUUAAAAAAAUCCUUUUGUAAGAUUAUUAUUAUUAUGAGUAAUUGUCGUGUGUGACAAUAUAGACUAAUGGUAAGAUUCAGAAAUAUGAUCUAUUGAAAAUAAAAGUUUAAUUCGAGGAAUGGUUUGAACCUUCAACAAUUCAACCUAAUUAUGAAAUUAUAAAUAAUGUUAUUUAAUUAUCAUAAUACAGCAAACCUUUUUGCAUACUCUUAACAACAGGAAAUGAUUAAUAAUUGUGACAUCUUAAAUCAUAUGACGUCACCUAACCUUAUUCGUGAAGAUCUAACAUAUAUUUAUAUUUUAUAGAUUACAAUAAGCUCUGUAGAACAAUACCAUAUCAGACCAUAGAUCGCGCAUUCCCGUCAAUAUAUAUGUUCGAAUACCAA